GCUUGACACGCCGAGCCUUGCGCGCCACUCCAGAUGGCCUCGCCGAUAUCGUCCUUUACCAAGAGUGUUAAGCUUUUGCGAAGCUCACAGAUGAUGGUACCCGCAUCUUCGCCAGGAUUCAAUACUGCGACUUAGCCGUUGGCGUUUCUCGCCAGCUGUGUCAGAAUCACUGAAGCUGAAGCUGGCCAUUUCCCCCGCAGCAGCUGGCGUGAUUUCUCUUGUUUUCGUUACUUUGAGUUAGUCUGGCAAUGGUAGCUUACACCAAUGCUAAGCCUUUGUCUGAUUCUAGUGCGCCCAUCGUCAUUCAGCAUGGAGAUAGAUGCAUAUAUAUCAGGGUGAUGCAGCAGAUGUGACGGCUGAACAUUCAGUAACUAGAAGAGACAGCUCUUCCUCUCAUCGAGACUAUGCAUCUUAUCUCGAAACUCCUGCCUGUCGUGGCACUGACUCUGACUGCCCUCGCCAGGACGGUAGAGUACGAGUGGGAUAUCACUUGGGUUAAUGCUGCACCAGACGGAUACAGUCGCCCGGUCAUCGGAAUCAAUGGACAAUGGCCGCUCCCAAAGAUCGAAGCAAAUGUUGGCGAUACUAUAAGGGUGACUGUAACCAACAAAUUGGGGAACGAGACUACAGGUCUUCAUUGGCACGGCAUGUUCCAGACCGGUAGCAGCAACAUGGAUGGGCCUGUUGGUGUGACCCAAUGCGGAAUUCCCCCUGGCAGCUCUUUCACUUACCAGUUCACUGCAAAUCCAGCAGGAUCAUUCUGGUAUCAUUCUCAUGCUCCUGGUCAAUAUCCAGAUGGGCUGCGCGGACCAAUGAUCAUCCACGACCCAGUGUGGGAACGGAGUCUCGGUAUCGAAGCCCAAUAUGUCAUGACUUUGUCUGACUGGUACCACGAUCAAAUGCCGGGACUCAUAAACUAUUAUCUUGGGACGAAAAACAUCGAUGGCGCGGAGCCGAUACCGCAGGCAUCACUUAUUAACGACAAGAUGACGGAAGUCUUCAACGUUCAGCCCGGCAAGAGGUAUCUUAUACGUAUUAUCAGCAUGAGUGCACUGGCCGCCCAUUAUGUUCGCUUCGAGGGACAUACAAUGCAAGUUGUCGCGAUUGACGGGGUGCCAGUCGAAGCUACAGAUGCGGAUGUCAUCCACGUAUCUGCUGCUCAACGUUACGACAUCGUUAUUACAGGACGCAAGGCAACAGACAAGAACUAUGCAUUUGUCGCUGCUUUUGAUCCGGACAUGUUCGACACUGUACCAGCAUCCUUGAAUAUGAAUAGCGACGGCAUUUUGCAGUACAAUAAUAAAGCGCCUAAGCCAACACCGAUGCGCAACAUCACCUUCGACAAGGUACUGGAUGACACGUACCUGAUUCCUCUUGAUCGAAAGGUGCUUUUGGGCAACCCGACCAAAGAAAUCAAUCUCAACGUCAAUUUUACCACAUUCAGUGUGGGUCAACGUGCUGGUCUCGGUGACACCCCUUACAUUGCGCAAAAGGUCCCGACGCUAUUUACCGCUCUUUCAACCGGAAAAGCCGCUACGAAUCCGACUAUCUAUGGCGCUACUGUGAAUCCGUAUGUGCUGGACGCGGGAGACAUCGUACAAAUUACGAUCAAUAAUCUCGAUGAGGGCACGCACCCAUUCCACCUCCAUGGCCAUAAUUUUCAGGUCCUUUCCCGGAGCAAUACCCAGCCUUGGCAGGGAGAUACUUCUAGCUUCCCUAAGAUACCAAUGCGUCGGGACACCGUUAAAGUGCCAGGAUUAGGAUCACUCGUUUUGCGGUUUGCAGCCGAUAACCCAGGCGUGUUCCUGUUCCACUGCCACUUGGAUUGGCAUGUUGAAGCCGGGCUAAGUGUAACAUUCAUCGAAUCGCCAUUAGAGCUACAGAAACAAUUUCCCAAAGGCAUACCAGAAGAUCACAAAAGGAUUUGUGAGAAACAGCAAAUACCAACUCAGGGAAACUGUGCAGGAAACACAAGGAACGUGCUAGACGUCUCCAAGUGCGCCCAGAAAGAGCAAUUCGAUUCUAAUCCGUAUGGAUCGCUUAUUCAACGCUAGAGAGGGUCAUUCAUAGCCUACCUUAUGUCACGGGUAUUUCCUACGAAGCCUAUCUCAGUUCCCUCCGGGCACCGCCCGGACCGAUACUAGGUACGCGCGGGAUACCUUCAUAUAUUGUUAUCCAAACCUUAAAGCUUACGGCCUAAGGGUUCGUCUUCUAUCUUAUUAAACAAUACCUAUUUCUACCCUUACUAGCACCCCUUAAACCUAUAUUUAAUUGUCUACUUGUUUAGUAGCUUCUAGAUCCUAGCCUU